CGCGGGAAGCGGCGCCAACUUCCGGGCAGGGGCGGGCCGGGUUGGCGCGCGGCGGCCGGAAGUCCCGCCCUCUGGGUGGGCCCCCGGGCCCCUUUCGCGCCAUGGCGGAGGUGCUGGAGCUGCCGCGGACGCGGAUCGGCGCGGCGCAUGUGGCGCACUUCAUCGACCGGCCCGUGUGCUUCGUGGGGCGGCUGGAGAAGAUCCACCCCAGCGGGAAGUCUUUCAUCCUGUCUGAUGGGGAAGGCAAGCAGGUCACGGUGGAGCUGGCGGAGCCGCUCGAAGAGGAGAUUUCUGGGAUCCUGGAAGUAGUUGGCAGAGUGACGGCCAAGGCCACCAUCUUGUGUGCGUCAUACAUGCUGUUCAGAGACCACAACAACAGCUUUGAUCUACGGCUCUACAGUGACGCUGUCAAAAUCAUUCACGAGUUCCCACAGUAUUACCCGUUUGGGGCCACGCAGCAGGACUGACAUCUCAUGAUGGCGGCCCUCUCCAGCAGGGGCCUUCCGACUGCCCCGUCUGACCGAUGGCACUUCUCCUGGCCUACAGCUCCCAAAGCACCAAGGCCCUGGUGCAGACUGCACUUGGCGGCCUUCCAGCGGCAGCCUUGAAUGACUGUCUGUCUGUCUAAUGAGGUUAGCUUUGGGUUCUUUGGCCUGGGCAAACAAUUCUGUUUGGUUAAUAAAAAAGAAUUAUGUGCUCUGGAAA